AAUGGUUAUUACUAUAGUUCCGCGACAAACAAACAGAGAUUUGCUAAUAAAGCCGUCAGCAAUAUACAUGGCCUUUAGUUUUCUCGAAGUGUUCGUCAAGUCACAUUUGACUUUAUGUAAAAAGUAUAUUUUUGAUGAUAAAAAAUACAUUGUAGUAUAAGUUUCGGCAAAACAAUGUUUAUAGUAUUUCUGAUUAUUUUAACAGUUAUUGCAUAUUAUAUUAAUUUUCGUCGUAUACGUAAACCACUUUAUGAGUUAUCUGGAAAGUUGCCGGACAUUGGCAGUUUUCCCAUUUUGGGACACACGCAUUGGUUUAUUGGAGGGCCAGAGAAACUGCUUACUAAUAUCAAACAGCUAGUUAAACUAUUGGAAGAGUCUCAAAGUGCUGUCAACAAAGUAUGGAUUGGACCCUCUCUGUACGUAGUAACACUGAAUCCUGCGGAUGUACAAAAAAUAUUAGAAUCCAGCCUUCAAAAGGAUUCUUCAUAUAAAUUUUUGCAAAACUGGCUGGGAAAUGGUCUUUUUGUGGCUCCAGUAAAUAUAUGGAAAAUGCAUCGACGAAUUCUUCUGCCAAUUUUCCACAACCGUUUCAUAGAAGAUUAUAUCGAAGUGUUUGGGACGCAAGGUUCCAUACUGGUCGAGCGUCUAGAAGAGCGAGUGGGGAAAUCCGAGUUUGAUGCGUAUACAUACAUUACCUCGUGCAUGUUGGAUAUUGUUUUUGAAACAGCAAUGGGCGAGAAAAUGGAUGUUCAACACAAUCCCGACACGCCAUAUGUACGCGCUCGGAAUACAGUCAUGUCAAUUAUAGGCAUGAGAUUCUUUAAGGCGUGGAUGCAGCCGGAUGCUCUCUUCAAUUUGACAUCUUAUUCUAAGUUGCAGAAAGAGACGAUUGAACUUACUCACAAGUUUACGGACGAGGUCGUGAAAAGAAAGAGAAUGGAAUUUGAUAAAUAUGGAGAAAGUAAAACAAACGGACGCAAGGAUUUAUUGGAACUACUGUUGGAAAAAAAUCCAAACUUUACAGAUGAGCAGUUACGUGAACACAUAGAUUCCAUUACUAUAGCUGGUAAUGAUACAACGGCGCUAGUAAUUUCUUAUACAUUGCUGAUGUUGGGCAGUCACCAAGACCACCAGGAGAAAGUUUAUCAAGAAUCGAAAGAUAUAUUUGGAGAUUCGAAACGGAUACCAACCAAAGAUGACAUUAACAAAAUGGAUUACCUUGAGAGAGUAAUUAAAGAGACGAUGAGACUAUACACAGUUGUUCCCAUUAUCGCUCGUGAAACACAGGAAGAGGUUAAACUUUCAUCAUGUACCAUUCCAGCUGGUGUUGGUUGUGCCGUUCUACCAUUUGUCUUGCACAGAUCUGAGAAACUCUGGGGUCCUGACGCCGACAGUUUUAACCCUGACAGGUUCCUCCCUGAAAUUAGUGCUAAAAGACAUCCCUGUGCAUAUAUACCUUUUAGCUUCGGAGCAAGAAAUUGUAUAGGACGACAUUUUGGGAUGCUAGCAAUGAAAAGUAUUUUAGCAAAUAUACUAAGAACGUAUAAAGUGACCUCAAAAACAUCAUGCGAUCGGUUGAAGAUUGAAAUUCUGUUAAUACCAGUUUCGGGGCAUCUACUAACCAUUGAAAAGCGAUGAUGUUUAAAGAAUUAAUAAAACUAAUAUUUCAUAAAA